UGGUGCGACCGAGCUCAAUCAACAUGAACUGUUGCUUUUUGGUGCGUCAUUUUUGUCUCUAAUUAAUUGGUCCAGAGGAAGCGGAUCGUUAUAUAAACGAUCGCAAAAGCCAUCGUAUCGCUGCCACUUUUAUGUCCUUUCAAAUUACCCUCGAGCAGUGAUUACUUUCUCUGUGCGACCCACAGCGUGAUGGGUCCAUGUGUUUGUGAGUUUUAAAAGGCUGUGUGGAAAUCGUGGCGAUCAGAUAGUAUCUUGUGCAUUUGUCCUUUAACUAAAAAUUACAUCCCGUCCAAAGCCGUUGUACUUUUGUUAAUCGGAGGAAGUUAAUAUAACAAUUCCAUGGACCAUUGUUUAUGUGUGAAUUAUAGCGUGUUUGUACGUACUAGUGUUUGUGUUAUGUGAAACUAAACCUUACUUGAUCUUUGUUCGAAUAUCCUACUCUGGUGACGAUAAGAAUCAAAAGUAGACAAAGUUGGAGAAACUUAAGCCACAAAGUGUCUUACGGUCCCAAUCGGAGCUGCUUGUUCCAUCCCUUUGGCCACUUUUUUACCAUUAGACGGCUUCAAGAUUCGGGUCAAAAAUCGGGACCCCGCGCCGGUGUACGCGGCCAUGGCGGGAAGCGGCAAUUGCCGGGCGGAGAGGGACACUGACUCCGAUCUGGGCGACGACUCACCUUUGUCCAACAUCGCCGACGAACACUCCGACCACGAAACGGACCCGGGCCGGGACGGGGAGUCGAGCGACGAGGGCGUUAAUGUGAAUCGUCCGCCGUCCGACGCGAAGAUGACAUCCGGCAUGGAGUUUGGCAGAAGUCCAGACCACCACUCCGAGCUAAGCCAAGCAACGGCGGCGGCGGCGGCAGCGGCAGCGGCGGCUCAGUUCGGCGCCAACCACCCGCUCGGCGUGCUCGGCAACCUGACGGCGCUCAACAUGAACGUGCCGGGUCUGUCGGGGCUGGCGUCCGGGCUUGCCGCGGGCCACCACGCGGGGGACGUGCUGGAGAAGCUGAAGAUGCAGGUGCGCGACAUGAAGGUGGGCGCCCUGAUGGGGGAACAGAUGGCGGCCGACUUUGCCGCCCUCCACGCGGCCUCAUCGCCGUUCGGGCAGGCGCUAGCGGCCAACAUGAACGGUUCCGGAGCAGGCCUAGGGCUGUUUAGCUCCGGAAGGGAGGACACGCGAACGGGCAGUGGUGGAGGCAGUUCUGGUGGGUCCAUGACCAACAGGGAACCGACCGGGGGUGGAGGUGGUAACUCGCAGACACAAUCUGGAUCACAAAAUGGUGGGAACUUUUCGUUCACACUGCCAAACGCUCCGAUCAGCAAGGAUGGCAAUCCCGGUUCCAAUUCGUCAACCUCCAGCGAAACGUCGAACUCGUCGCAGCAAAACAACGGCUGGAGCUUCGAGGAGCAGUUCAAACAAGUACGCCAGGUAAGCUUCCAAACCAAACCUCCAGAAAGGAACAAUGUUUGGCACGCACUGUACGAAAUCAACGAUGACCCGAAGCGGAAGGAAUUCCUGGACGACCUGUUCCUGUUCAUGCAAAAGCGAGGCACUCCAAUCAACCGUCUGCCGAUCAUGGCCAAAUCGGUGCUGGAUCUGUACGAGCUGUACAAUCUGGUAAUUGCCCGCGGUGGACUCGUCGACGUGAUCAACAAGAAGCUGUGGCAGGAAAUCAUCAAGGGGCUCCAUCUGCCAUCGAGCAUCACCAGCGCCGCGUUCACACUGAGGACACAGUACAUGAAGUAUCUCUAUCCGUACGAGUGCGAGAAGAAAAACCUGAGCACCCCGGCGGAACUGCAGGCGGCCAUCGAUGGCAAUCGGCGCGAGGGACGUCGCUCGAGCUAUGGCCAGUUUGAUCCGCCAUCAGUACAGCGCUCGCCGAUCCCGCAGGGUAUGUCCCAGAUGCCGCCGCUGUCGCUGGUGUCACACGUCAACCAGCAGCAGCAUCACCAUCGGCUGCUGCCCCCGGUCGGUCAGAUCCCGAACAUGCUGCCGGCCGAGUUCGAGCAGCGCAUGCUCAACUACAUCAAGAUGUUCCAGCCGAAGGAGAUGAGCCGGGCCGCCAGCCCGGACAAGCUGUCGGCACUGAACGCGCUGGAACUGUCGCGCGUCGCCCUCUGGAACAUGUACAACCCGAGCCCGAACAGUCCACCGAACUCGCUCAACACCAGCCCGGAGAACAACAUGCAGAGCGCCCUGGAUCUCUCGGAGUCGCCAGACCACGCCAUGGCAUCGAUCAAACGUGAACGGGACCAUCCGGUCGACUUCAGCGACCCGAGGGACUACGGUACGGGGCUUCCACCGCCGGCCAAGCGUAGCCACCACAACCACCAUCACAGCCACUCGCACCACAGCCGCUCCCUGACGCCCCAGAAGCUGAACAGUUCCUCGCACGACGAAGACGACGCCCGGUCGGGCAGUACGCCGAUCAAUCUGCGCGAAAAUGGCGCCCACGGACGUCACCGACCGUCGACGCUAGACGACGACGGCGAUGACGAGGAGGACGAUACGAUGGACGACACGGCGGACCACGAGGACGACAUGAUUCGGGCGUCGAUUGCGGCCGCCGCCGCUGCCGCUGCCGCCGUUAACCAGCAUCCGCUCGCCCUCAGUCUGGCCGAUCACCAUCUACAGCAACAGCAGCAACAGCAGCACCAUCAACAGCAGCAACGUGAACGGGAACGCGAGCGGGUCCAGCAGCAGGUUGUGGCCGCCGCUCGUGAACAACAGCAGCAGCAGCAGCAACAGAGAGAACAACACAUGGCAACACUGGAUCUAAGUAUACUGGACCGCGAGCGACAGCGCUGCGACAGUGCCGACAACAACAAGCUGAAACGCCAGAGCCAGCAGCAUCAGCAGGGUCAGCAGCAUGGACAGCAGCUGCUCGAGCAACACCACCACCAAAGGCAGUUGCAGGCGAGGGUGGCCCGUGAGCUACGGAAGCACGAGAACGGCGAUCAUCGGCUCAGUCUCACGCCGGACAGCGAUCUGCACCAUUCGAAGAACACAUCCGGAGGGCUCGGAGAUCCAUUCAGCUCGCCGCUCGGGAUUACCGGCAUGCAGUUCAAGCUGAUCAGUCGAGGAGAUGCCAGCAAAGGCGACCAGAAGCUGGUAGUGACGAUGGAGUUCAACGGCGUACAGUACGAGGGCGUCCUGUUCGCGAACCCACUCUCCUCGACGGCCGUGUCCGCACCUGCAUCGACACCUCCUUCCUCCUCCGUAUCGGCCACCUCCGCCUCUCCCGUCGGUUCCAUGGUGUCGCCGGUAAAAGCCGGCCCGAUCAUCUCACCCCUGGACGAACGUGAUUCGGCGUCCAACGUGGACGUACAACUGAACUCGCUCUCCUCUGUAGCCGCCUUGACCACGUCCAGCAACGGUUCCAUCAACUCGAACGGCAGCAACAUCAACAACACCACCAACAGCAUUAGUUCGUGCGUCCAACAGCUGCAACUGCAGCAGGAUGGUGUCCUUCCCUCGGUACCGACAACGGUACCUACAUCGGCUCCCAGCCCAACCCGACCUCUCGUGUCCUAGACGGGGGAACGAAAAGGAGAAACACUUAGGGGAAACAAGAAUCUUCAACAAUGCUCUCUCGCUAUUCUACCUUACUUCGCUUAGAAGGCAGAUAAAACGAUACACACACACAUCAGGGGUGGAAAACUUACCGUGCUAGGUGUACGGUAUGCGAAUUAGAUUUUCCUUCGCUCUUUCCUUUCCGCGCGGAACCCCACACAUCGCCACAAAGCUAAUAUUUUCCAUUCUCGCUAUCCGCUCCCCAAAACACGACACGACACGGAACUACACGGAACUCCUUUCCGCAGCCUCGACAGUAGCUUUUAGGUCCAUUUCACCGUUAGCUUAGAGAUGCUAGUAAACCCUCAUGAACUGUGUAUAGAGUCUAGGAUGGAAACACCGAUCCGAUCGUAACCCUCCAGCGAGGAUCGAUGAUGUUUUUUUUAUCAAGAAACCAACUUUUUACAUGUUUGCGUGCGAUAGUCUAAACUGUAUCAUUUUUUAUCGAUAUCGACGCAUUCGACUUUAGGUUAGCCCGGUGAGAAUAAAUUCCACCUCGUAGUGAGUUUUAGGUUUAUUAUACAUCAAUUUCCAUGGCAACGACGUGAUGGUUGCGUGGCAAAAAGUACGCAGCAUUGAGUGUAUAUUUUUGCAAACAGGUGGAGUAACACACAGGAAGCAUAAAAGCAGCGAUUGCUUGAUCGUACGAAAGACGAGAUAAAACACAAACGAGGGCUGUACAAAAUAGUAAGAGAAGCGAAGUGAAGCAAACGUACUUCACUGUUAAUUGAAAAUCCCAUUUCCUAACGAUCAUGUUUGCGCUGAUGCCAGCACGUCCAAGACGACGAAGGAUCAGAUACAGUAUGCAAAACGGCAACGACUUUCUUUAAAGCAUCCCACACAGUCUUUACCAAUGACUUUGUUUUUCGUUUUGGAACCUUUUUCUACUAUUUUCUUAUUUAAAUCAUCACAAACACCUAUGUACUCUUCCCUCCUCUCCUAUUUCACCAUCAUCUUCAUGGAGCCAAAAAUUAUGUUUAACGAUAUGCAGGUGAUCCGACCUUUCGCCUAUCGAUUUUCCUAUAUUAUUUUAUUAUCUUUCGUAUGUGUAGAUUUAGCGUUUUUUUUUUUUUGCCAACUUUUGUACACAGUUGUAGUUCGUUUUGUCCCUCCUCGGAAGCACAAGGAGGGGAAAACGCCAGGAGACACGAUUAUACGAUCUUAUAACACAUAAUGUACUGUAAGUAGCGUGUGGGAAGAAAGCGCGAUCGAUAGAUGAAUGGUGAGGAGAUAAGCAACUGUUUAAAAAUGAUAAACUGAAGGUAGCACAUAGCGGAAAAAUUGUAUCUAAACAAGUUUGUGCAGUUUCGUAAGGCGUUAGACCUUAGAGAAUAUAUAGAAAGAGUAGCAUGAAUACAGGAUGAAAGUAAUAAAACAAAAGAAUAUAGAGGACACACAAAACUAGAUUGCACAUUUUGAAACACGCUAUUCAAUGAAUUUGAGCUCCUGGGAAACUGUAGACAAAACCAACUAGCUCAAAGAAAACUCGCUCCUGUAGCGAAUGGCUUUCCGAGGUUUCCCCGCAACCAAUGGAUAUCCGUUGCGAUGAAAACGUUUUUUCCUAGUUUUAAUUUUAUUCGUUUGCAAUAAUAUUUUAUAACAUUAGAAUUUCCCUUUCUAUCAUGCAAUGCUAGUGAACAAGGUAAGGAGAAAAAAGAUGGAUCGUGUGUGAACGAUUUGUUAAAUUAAACGAAAUUAUCCUCGCCCUACGUAUACACAUAAAAACAAAAGCAGGAAGGAUGUGAAGAAACUGUACCGAUACAUGCCGUAGAUUGGUUGAACGUUUUUGUUUUAAUUUAAAUGUUAUAAGCAAUGCCUAUUAACGGAUGGCGAAAGUAAAAAGGGUAACGAGCGAAGUUUGCGGUCUUUUCUUAUUUGUACGGUCGUCUUGGAGACGAUUUUACUGCUCCGGUUUUUGCACUUGAAACCAUUCUCCAAAAUUUUCUCGCUGUAAAUCAGUAUGUUCGAAAACAAAAUGGCAAACACUAGUUUAUUUUCUAUUCAUCCGGAGUGGAAAAUCAUUUGCUAGCGUGAUAAGCGAGACAGUACAUGAAAUAGCU